AUGUUCUAUAGUCACGAGGUUCUUACCUCGCGCAAGCACGGCGUAGCAACAGUCUGGCUCGUCGCAACACUAGGAUCCAAAUCCACGCUCAAGAAAGUCGAUCGCAAAGAAAUUUGCGCAGUCAACAUCCCCAAAGCAUGUCAGACUAUCGUGUCACCAGAAGCGCCUAUGGCGUUGAGACUCCAAAGUAAUCUACUAUACGGAGUCACACGUGUGUAUGGCGAACAAUGCAAUUUCGUCCUCAAAGAUGCACAAGUUGAGCAGAACAAGAUACGCACUCUAUUGCGCUCAUUGCAUGCUGCACCCAUCGAACUCGACGGCAAGCACAGAGCCAAACCAACCCAACUACUCCUCGAAGACGAUCCUAACUUUAUACCCGAACUCGCUUGGGGCAUCGACUUUGACCCUUUCAACGAUAUCCUUGGUUUCACCAGUGGCGAAGGCUCGUCUCAGAGAUCGAGUUUGCUGUCUCCACAUGCUGCUGUCUCGAGUGCGCUGGGUUCUGAACAUCAACUAGAUCUUCAUCCGGACAUUGUGAUCCCUCGUUCCUCUUCGGUUGGAGGAGGUGGCUUUGGCCUUGGUCUCGGUGGUGCGAGUCUCGGCGGCUCUGAUCACAAUCGAGGAUACAGUCGCUCCUUGUUUGGUGCUAAUGAAGAGGGACUGCUACCUGACAUUGAUCUAGGUCUCGAUUUCGAGGUUGAGGGUAACUUCGUCGAUAAUGCUGCAAUCCCAGGCGGCGGAAGAGCAGCUUCGAUACAUACGCCUGCGCCUGUGAUGCGCGAUGGAGUCUUGCCAGACUCGAACGCCGACCGAGAUGUGGUCAUGUACGACGACGAACCUCUACCAAUCUACCCAGACGACAUCGACAUGCAAGACGCCGAGCCCUUCGCCCCACGCACCGCCGCCGAACAACCAGGCAACCCAGCCUCAACACAAGACACCCAAGCACCCAGCCAAACCUCGCACUCCACAGCCUCAGCCCCAGCCAUCCGCACCCGAGCUCCUAAACCCCUCCCUCAAGACCAACAACUCGAACUCCACAACGCUGAUCUCCAAACCUGGGAUCGCGAAUACCUAGCCACUCAAUCACGGGCCUCUCUCCAGAAAUUGAACAACAAAACUCUUACUCUAGCUCGCAAGAAUGCAGACUUUUGGGUUUUGCAAAACGGUAUUGGUGGGUUGGGUGUAGCUUAUCAAGGCGUAGAAGCUCAAUUGAUGCCAGAGCCAUUGAGGAUGUUCAGUGGUAGUGCGCUCUUGGAAGCACUGACACGCAUCCAGCUCAGUAUUGCAGGGACAAAGCAUCCCAGAGCUAUUGACGCCGACGAGGACGACGAACAAGAACGCCGUGUACGCACACGCAGCAAUUCUCACGAAGUCGGUAGAGCAGCAGAUUCCAACGAAGGUUUCGAGACUGAGUUUAUCGAUGACACAAUCGUCAAUACCAUCGAGCAAGGCCGAGAUGCACCUACGCCUCUGCUGGAUAUUCAUUCCUCUGCUCACGCAUUACCUUGGAAUCAUGCAGCUCCUGCUUCACGUGGUUCCUCUCACACUGCCUUCGUUCCUCCUUACCCUAUCUUCGCUCCCAGCGCAGCAGGUCCCAGUUCUUCCAUCCGCGGCGGCGGCGCUGGUUUCUCUAUCCGUGGCCGUCACACAGUCUCAGCUUCUCCACUAGUAGGCAGAGGCACGGCUGCUCCCACCGCCAUCGACGACGAAGAUCUACUCCACGAUGACACCCACUUCGCCGCCGCCUUUCCUGCUGCUCACUCUGCAUCAGCAGAACCCGAAGCUGCACAUCCAUCUUUCGACCUCUUCGGCCCCGCCGCCCUCGUAUCAACCCAACUCGCCUCCACAACCCCCUUCCUCUCUGCCGCCCUAACCACCGAAUCCGCAAACUUCCUCGCUUUUGUCAAAGCUUGUGUUGCUGAAACCAAAGCUGUAAGGGAAACUACCAUUGAAGCUAUUGCCAGUGUGCUGGAUGUUGAGGGCACUGAAGCAGAGGAGGAGGAAUCUGUGGAGUUUGAAGUGUUGUUGAAGCCAGAGGAGAAUUCGAGGGUUGUGGCUGCGCAGGGGUUUUUGCAUGUGUUGACUUUGGUGACCAAAGGGUUGUUGGCGGCUGAUCAGGGUGUGGCGUUUGGGGGGAUUGAGUUGAGAGUUUUGUGA